CUUGGCCUUGUGGCUCUCGGUUUUCUUGGGCAGCAGCACGGCCUGGAUGUUGGGCAGGACACCCCCCUGAGCGAUCGUCACUUUCCCCAGGAGCUUAUUGAGCUCCUCGUCAUUACGGAUGGCGAGCUGCAGGUGACGGGUGUGUGAGGGAACACAGAACAAAAAUGCCGGAACCUGCAAAAUCUGCUCCCGCUCCUAAGAAGGGCUCUAAAAAAGCUGUGACUAAGACUCAGAAGAAGGGCGAUAAGAAGCGCAGAAAGACAAGGAAGGAGAGUUAUUCCAUCUACGUGUACAAAGUGCUGAAACAAGUUCACCCGGACACCGGUAUCUCCUCUAAGGCCAUGGGGAUCAUGAACUCCUUUGUGAACGACAUCUUCGAGCGCAUCGCUGGGGAAGCGUCUCGCCUGGCUCAUUACAACAAGCGCUCGACCAUCACUUCCCGGGAGAUCCAGACCGCUGUGCGCCUGCUGCUGCCGGGGGAGUUGGCCAAACACGCUGUGUCUGAGGGCACUAAGGCCGUUACCAAGUACACCAGCUCCAAGUAAAUCGUUGCUGUGAGACUACCAACACC